AUGGCCUUGAUAAAAUCAAAAAUACCCCAAAAGUCCACAAUGCUCACUGACGUGACUCAGACGGCAGGGAAGAUGGAUACCAUAAUGUAUGGCCUCACGAUGUGCACUGGCGUACGUGGCUUCUACUGCAUCUUCAAGAGUGAUGCUGAUGUCGUCUUUGACCCAUCAUGGUGGUACUUCAUGGACCCAGAGCUCAAUGUUUACCUCAACCGCGUUGUCCGUAAGGAGUGGGACAUACAAACAAUCGGCGGAUUAGUGGAGGCAUUUGCAGUCGCUGGGUGUGACUUCAUGAAGUUCCUUUGCACUGCAAAGGAUUGUGCGGAUUACCUGAAGGCAGAAAUUUGUGACCUUGUCCAAUUGCAGCUUGGGACCCUAAUCAUCAAUUUCAAGCCCGAUUUUGUUGUCAAGUACGGCAUCAACAUUUUCGGCUGGACCCUCAACAAGUUUGUCAACCCCUCUGAGAUGAGUACCAGCCUCCCACCCCUCCGCAAGCUCGUCAAUGCCCUUAAGAGCGGUUUGUGCAAAUUUAUCCAUCUCUCAAAGACUGAUCAAAAAGCGCGCGAGGCAGCAUACUUCAAGAAGGUCAACACCAGUGAGGUUGUGGUCUGCAAUGAGUGCCAAGACAAGGGUCUCCCCCGUGGCAAGCAUAGCCAUGACAAUGGAGAGGUCAAUGAAGACUCUGAGACGGAGACUCAACCCUCGGAGAAGUGUUGUUGCAUGUCAUGUCCAAAGGCGGCUGGUGAGUCAAAGCAGACUGCUCCUAAGAGCAUGCCAUUUGUGGACAAUCCAGAUGUAUCAGUACUGAAAGCAUCUGGUCAUAAUGAGUAA